AUGAAGGCUUCAUGGAGAGCACGCCUGGCUGGCCCAGGAUAUGUCAUUCUCAAUGGAAUUCGGGUUAUCAACAUCAUCACUUUCUUGGACAUCAUUGCUGCCAGCGUGGUGAUGCUGGUGAAGAUUUCGCUAACGAGCGGCUUUUUCUUCUUCGAGGCCGUCACACAUGCCGUGACAGCUGGCGUGAGCAUAUUCCUUCUCAUUUCCGAACUCCCCUGGUUAUGCAGCUACUUCGAUCGCGACUGGCCAUUACUCGGACAUAAUUCUGGAUUCAUCACCUUGGGGAUAGCGAUGUUCAUGCUUGGUGCCGGGGUGUUGGGUAAUCUGAAUCGGAAAGAUAUGGGUCAGGACCAUCUUGGUAUGACAUUUUGGCAGAUUGUUCUUUCCGCAGGGGUCCUGGCCUUGGUCAUGAGCACAAUUAACUUUGUUUCGAGCUUCGUUUUCGCAGAUGGUGAGAAAGGCGUCACCGCACGCCAAAUUCGAAUCUAUGGAGCGGUUGCAGGCCAGAAAGGAGAGAUUCCGCGAACCGGCAGUCACAGAACAUUUAGGCUCAGCAUGAAACGCGAGGAUACCUUACCGAUAUACAGCCCUCAAGCCGGAAGGAAAUCGCCAACUGACCGAAAUUCAACACGUUUUCCUUUGAAAAUCGAGAAAAUUUCGAGCCCCCCUCCAAACGAUGCAGCAUCGUCGAGAUAUUCGAGAGAUGAAUCCGGCAUUGCGCCUCCAGAUCUGGCACAUCAUCCAGCUUUGAAGGGGGAAUAUAUCUGA